AUGGUUCACGGACCGUGUGGACAACUCAACCGCAGCAGUCCGUGUAUGUUGGACAACAGUUGUUCAAAGAAGUAUCCCAAAGAAUACAGUGAAGAGACUCUGUACAUUUCUGAUAACGGUUACCCGACUUACCGCAGACCGAACAAUGGACUUGUGGCAAACGUCAGAGGUCACCCUGUCGGCAAUGAGUUUGUUGUCCCGUACAACCCGUACUUGCUGGUUAAUUACAUAAACUCGCGGUACGUCAGUCCGCCAGAAGCUGUUUGGAGGUUGUUUUCGUAUGAAAUGCAUAACAAAAGUCAUACCAUCGUUAGACUACCCGUCCACCUGGAAAACUAUCACAACGUGUACUUUGAACCCGGACAGGUAUUAGAGCGAGUACAAAACGCCGCCGCUGGCUCGAACUAA